AUGUCAGAGAACAUGAUUCUUUCUGUAUCGAAAGCAGAGGCUGAAAUACAUGAUAAACUAGAUGUUUUAUUCAAAACAUGUGCGUGGAAAUCUGACUUGAGAAAAGCUUUCUCAGAAGCAGAGGUUAGAAAUUCGGAGCUGGCCGCAAAGCUUGUAAUUGUUAUGAGCAAAGUAGAUCAGCUUUCGGAAUCGGCUUCGCUUCAGUCUGAAGGGCAAGCCGCAGAAGACUUGAGAAAAGCUUUAGCAGUGGCAGAGACUAGAAAUUCAGAGCUGGUCGCAAAGCUUGAAGAUGUAGAUCAGAAUGGAGAAACAAAGAUGACACCGGACAUGACUCUUUCUGUACGAGAACCAGAGUCCGAGGAGAAACCACAGAAGCAUCUGAAUGAAAAGCAGCUGGAAAACCAAGAUCUACUAGUCAAGUGUAUCUCACAAAACCUUGGAUAUGCUGGGGACAAGCCUGUUGCUGCAUGUGUCAUUUACAAAUGUCUCCUUCAUUGGAGAUCAUUUGAGGUCGAAAGAACCAGCGUCUUUGACCGUAUCAUUCGAACAAUAGCUUCGGCCAUUGACGUCCCAGAUAAUAAUGAGGUUUUGGCGUAUUGGUUAUCUAAUUCAGCCACAUUAUUAUUGCUUCUGCAACGCACAUUCAAAGCAACUGGAGCAGCUAGUUUAACACCACAGAGACGAAGAACAGCAUCAACAUCCCUAUUUGAAAGGAUGGCACAAACUAUGAGGGCAUCUCCUCAAAGUGCUGGGCUCUCUUUUCUGAAUAGACAAGGGCUCACUAAGCUUGAUGACUUGAGGCAAGUUGAAUUAAAGCACCCCGCACUACUUUUCAAGCAGCAGCUUACUGCAUACCUCGAGAAGAUAUAUGGGAUAAUCAGAGAUAAUCUUAAGAGAGAGAUCUCUCCUUUUCUUGGGCUAUGUAUAAAGGCACCAAGGACACCAAGGGCAAGUUUGGUGAAAGGGAGUGAACAAGCAAAUGCUGUUGCUCAACAAGCUCUGAUUGAUCAUUGGCAAAGUAUCAGGAAAAGCAUAGACACUUGUUUGACUCUAAUGAAAGCAAACAAUAUUUCUCUGUGCAGUCUUCUUCUACAUCGUGAGUGCUGCUCAUUCAGCAAUGGGGAGUACGUUAAAGCAGGUUUGGAUGAAUUGGAGCAGUGGUGUGUAGAGGCUACUGAUGAAUAUGCUGGCUCAGCUUUGGAUGAGUUAAGGCAUGUCAAGCAGGCAGUUGGUUUCCUGGUCAUUCAUCAAAAGCCGGAAAAGACACUAGACGAAAUAACAAGAGAACUCUGUCCGGUGCUAAGCAUACAGCAGCUAUACAGAAUCAGCACAAUGUACUGGGAUGACAAAUAUGGCACUCGUAGUGUUUCUCCAGACGUUAUUGCAAAUAUGAGGGUUAUGAUGACAGAGGACUCGAACAAUGCCGUAAGCUGCUCUUUCCUUUUGGAAGAUGACUCGAGCAUCCCAUUCACGGUGGAAGACAUAUCAAAGUCAAUGCAACAAGUGGAUUUUCAUGACACUGAACCUCCUCAACUGCUCCGUGAAAACUCGGAUUUCGGAUUCUUACUCACACGUAAAGAAGGCAGUUCAACAUAA